AACUGCUCCAAAGCGCGAGAUAUUUCCCUUAAAUGCAACCUUCACUUCUAUCUGUUGCGCGGCGGCAAUUUUCCCAUCUCCACCAUACGAAAAAGGGCGCCAAGCUGCUAGGGUUUUUGCAAUUACAGAGGCUCUCGACCUCCAAUUAUUCUUCUCGCUAUUCAAUUCCGUCUAAUAAAUCCAUAAGCUAGCUUCGCCUCUGGUAUAUUUAUAGAUAAAGAAAAAUAGGAACAAAAUGGAUUAUGAUGUAGCUGAACAAAAUGAUGGUAACUAUCAACCACUACAGCCGUAUUCAGAAACCCGUGGAGAUAAUAGUGCAGGCCAUGAAUUAAAGCAUUCAAUCGAUGAUUCUUCUGCAGGAAAGCUUUUUGUUGGAGGCAUUGCUUGGGAGACCAAUGAAGAAUCUUUUAGGAAAUAUUUCAGCAGGUUUGGAGAGACAACUGACUGUGUAAUAAUGAUGGAUAAGGUCUCUGGACGGCCGCGAGGAUUUGGAUUUGUAACAUUUGCUGACCCAGAAGUUGUGAAUAAGGUUUUAGAGGAAGACCACAUCAUAGAUGGUAGAAUGGUGGAAGUGAAAAGGACAGUACCUAAGGAGGACAUGCAAGUUAAAGGAGCUCCAAAAACAAAGAAAAUUUUUGUCGGCGGUCUUCCAUUAUCUUUAACCGAAGAUGAGUUGAAGGAAUAUUUUUCUUCUUAUGGCUAUGUUCUGGAGCACCAAAUCAUGCUGGACCGCGAGACUGGUCGGUCCCGAGGCUUUGGCUUCGUGACUUUUGAUAGUGAACAUGCCAUUGAAAAAGUUUUAAACAAUGGCCGUAUGCAUGAAAUCUGUGGCAAACAAGUUGAAAUUAAGAGGGCUGAGCCAAAAAGAGCUGUUGCUGAAUAUGCAAAUGGGAGCAGGCAGUAUCUUGGUGGUAGUGGCUCGAAAUCAUACAGUGGCUUUGGUGGGUCUGAAGGAGGGUUUAGUGGUGGUUAUGGUGGAACGAUGGGUAGAGGGUAUGGCGGAUAUGGUGGUGGUGGUGGUGGCUAUGGUGGUUAUGGAAACAUUGGAGGAAGUUAUGGUGGGGGUGCUGCAGGAUUUUACUCUGGGUAUGGUGGAUAUGGUUAUGGAUUUGGGUUUAGUGGACCUAUGUACGGGGCAGGUGGAUAUGGAGGCACUAGCUAUGCGGCUCCUGGUAGCUAUGGUGGUCCCACUGGGUAUGCUGGCGGUAGAGGAUAUACAAGCGGUGAUGGUAGCUGGUAUGGUGUGGCUAAAGGCGCCGCAUCUGGCAAUGCUAAAGGGUAUGGUGCUGGUGGUAGCACUGGAGGUGCUAAAGCAUAUGGGAAUGGUGGUGCUGCAAGCAGAAGGUUUCAUCCCUAUCAGAAGUGAGACCUUGCUCACGAGUCUGGAGUUGCAAUUGCUUUGACUACUAUUGGCGGGUCCGAGCUAGGUGUAAAACCUUUGCUGCUGAGUUUGUUUCCUUGUGCGGUUGAUGAUUUUCAGUGAAAUGUUGACAGCUUAUUUUGAUUAAGCCUCUGUAGAUGUAUUAGCAUAUUGGUUUUGGGAGAAAUAGUAGUCUUUUGGCUUAACUUUUGCAAGUUGUUUAAUCAUCUCUGUGUAAGGUCAGGAUAGAAGUUACAAACUUUGUUCUUCUGGUGGCACACUCGGAUACAAACUUUUGGUUAGUUGGUAAAUUAGAGUAUGUGCUAUAAACAUAGACACUACUCUGAGAAGUCUCGCUUUUACGUUGUAUAUAAAAAAAUGUGUCCAAGCCAUUGUUUUAUAAAUUGAUGGUUUCAACGAGCUUUUAAAA